UAUCUAACACUCAGAAGGCACCACCGACCUUCCUUCCUACCUAAUUCGAGUUUUUCCUUUGGAGCGGCACAGGCAGCGACGGGGUGGAAGCUCUUCCAGAUUCAAGUUCAGUUGAUUCAAGUGAAUCUGGCAAUCUCUGACUUGCGAAUUCGCUGGGCACCUUCCUCAUUUAUGUCCUCAGUUUUGCCCGCCUCCGCAGAACUCGGGCGAGAUCCACGAUGCAAUUCUCAAACCCACUAAAAUCAUCGGCCCACUCCCUUCCAAGCCCAGAUGGCAAACAUCUUGCGACUGUUUUCGGGUCCGUUGUCAAUGUCCGAGCCGUUGCCGGACUCAAUGUGGUCAAUGUUGUUAAACUCGGGCAGGACUUUGCGGGUCCGGUGCUGAGCUUUCAGUGGUCGCUCUCAUCUCGUCUUUUGCUCGUUGCCGAUGCCGAGCGGAUUCGAGUCGUGUCGGCGUUGGACGACAGCCUCAGCGCCACCAUUCAAAACCACACGACCGCAGGUACGAAGCCGGCGUACAUUGGCUUCGGCGCGUCGGACGCUGAGAUUUGUGUUAUUUCCUCAUUCGGGCUGAAAUUUUCCAUUUUCGACCUCGCCUCGUCCAAAGCGACUGAGAUCGGCAGCCCUAAGGUCUUCUCUUCAUCGUCUGCCUCCAAAUGUUUCUCCUUUCGACCCGAGACACGUCACCUUGCGGUGCUGACGAGGACCUCGGGUAAGGACAUGGUAAGCAUACACGGCUAUCCGACAAGAGAACUGCAGAGGUCCUGGGCACCCGACACAAUCGAUGCCCAGGCGCUGGUCUGGAGCCCGGACGGCCGGUGGCUGGUAGUGUGGGACUCGCCCGCCCAUGGCCACAAGCUCCUCUUCUACACAUCCGACGGGCACGUCUUCAAAUCAUGGUCGGGGCCUGCCAACCCCCUCCCAGAGGACCGAGAUUUUGCCCUCGGAGCUGGCGUCAGGUCGGUCGAGUUUUCUGCAGACGCCCGGUACCUUACCGUCGGCGAUUUCAGCCGGUCUGUCUGUGUGCUCAACAUGGCCUCGGUUACCGAGACAAUGCGACUCCGGCACCCGAGAACUCUCGUACCAAAAGAUACCCUCCAAGUUUGGCAGGAGCAAAUUGCCGUGUCGCAUGCGAGGCCUACCGUCCACACCUUUUUGCGAACGACGCAGGGCAUAUCACCCGCCCCUGCCUUAAGGGACAACUCAGAGCCAGUCUCAGGAUGCGCCUCCAUUUCGUUUGAUCCCUCUUCGACCCUUGUCGCCACGCGGCAGGACGACUCUCCUAGUACCGUCUGGAUCUGGGACGUGCAGGCCGCAGAGCUCCGCGCAGUUCUCCUAUUUCAUGGAAAUGUGGCUAGCCUCUCGUGGCACCCAACUAUCCCGGAAACACUGUUGGUCAGAUGCGAAGGGGACCAGUACAACGGCUUAGUCUUCAUCUGGGAUCCCCUCUCGGAGGGGCCCCGGUGUGUUGACUUCGCUCGGCACUUACCUGGCGGCAAGACAGGUGGCAAGCUCCGAGCCUUGUGGCUUGGGGUCGAGCAGUCGAGCCCUCCGUCUGUUUUCUUCUCAGACGCCCACCAUUACGUGCUUGCAUGUCUUGGCGAGACGGCCCAGGGCCCGGCUCCGUGGGGCGACCACGAGUUAUCGGGACCAAGUCUGUCAGUAGAUGGACGCAACGAACGUGAAGAGUCCCCCCUCCACCUGAUCCCAGCAUCUCAUGACAGAGCUGAAAUCCCGGCUUUGGAAGAGGACGAUGACUCCAGUGAACUGGAGGACACCUUUGUCUACAAGCGGUAGAAGUUUGUCGCCGGUCUUUUUUUGACAACAGUGUUGAGCCUGGCCUCGGCGACAUCGUUCUGGACAGAAUUCGGCCUGGCAGCGCGGGCCUGAGGGCU